CGUCGCGCGAUGGGCGACGAGUGUUUUGAAGACAAUUUGCCACCUGAAAAGCGCCAAGAAUGCGAACUAGAUGUGCUAAAUCAGACUGCAUCACAAAUCAACGAUUUGGAGAAUAAACUACUGGUAAGUUGCACUUGUCACUUCUUCCACCCGAAUAACUCCAUGAAGGUGGCUAGGCUUAAUUACCAGGAAACUCUGACCGCGAAUACGAACCAACUAAAAGCCUUGAGUAAUCGGUUAGGCAAAUGUGUCCAACGCAGCAGACCAUACUACGAGUUAUGUGAAUCCCAGGCUGAACGGCUCGCACAGAUACAAAGGGCAGCAAAGCGUUACACAACUGCCAUCGCCUCGUUAAAUUUGGCGCGUGAGGAACUUGCCAAGUUGGAAGCCACCAUUGCAGGUUGUAGGGACACGAGUGGUCUGGAAGACAUGAAUGAAACCAUAUUCCGCGUAAGUUUUUAUCGCCAACUUUGUUUUCCCACUUACGGUAUUUUCAUUUGUUGA